AUGGCUCCGGCGAUCGCCGCAAAGCCUCUCCUAAGCGAUCUGGUGGCGCAAUCCAAGCAAGUCCCGUCGAGCCACAUCAGAGCGGUCGGAGACCGCCCGGACCUCGCCAAUGUCGACCACGAGUCCGGCGCCGGCAUUCCGCUCAUCGACCUGAAGCAGCUCGACGGGCCGGGCCGUCGCAGGGUCGUCGAGGCCAUCGGCGCGGCGUGCGAGAACGACGGGUUUUUCAUGGUGACGAAUCACGGCAUCCCGGAGGCGGUCGUGGAGGGGAUGCUGCGCGUGGCGAGGGAGUUCUUCCACCUGCCGGAGUCGGAGCGGCUCAAGUGCUACUCCGACGACCCCAAGAAGGCGAUCCGGCUGUCCACGAGCUUCAACGUGCGCACGGAGAAGGUGAGCAACUGGCGCGACUUCCUCCGCCUGCAUUGCUACCCGCUCGAGAGCUUCGUCGACCAGUGGCCCUCCAACCCGCCGGCCUUCAGGGAGGUAGUCGGCACCUACUCGACGGAGGCGAGAGCGCUGGCGCUGAGGCUGCUGGAGGCGAUAUCGGAGAGCCUUGGGCUCGAGAGAGGCCACAUGGUGAAGGCCAUGGGGCGGCACGCGCAGCACAUGGCGGUGAACUACUACCCGCCGUGCCCGCAGCCGGAGCUGACGUACGGACUGCCGGGGCACAAGGACCCUAAUGCCGUCACGCUGCUCCUCCAGGACGGCGUGUCCGGGCUGCAGGUCCGGCGCGACGGCCGCUGGGUGGCCGUCAGCCCCGUGCCCGGGGCGCUGGUCAUCAACAUCGGCGAUCAACUGCAGGGCUCUGAGCAACGAUCGAUACAAGAGCGUGCUCCACCGGGUGAUCGUGAACAGCGAGAGCGAGAGGAUCUCGGUGCCGACGUUCUACUGCCCGUCCCCGGACGCGGUGGUCGCGCCGGCGGAGGCGCUGGUGGACGGCGGCCACCCUCUGGCCUAUCGGCCCUUCACCUACCAGGAGUACUACGAGGAGUUCUGGAACAUGGGCCUCGAGUCCGCCAGCUGCCUCGACCGCUUCCGACCGAUCGCAUGAUGGACUGUCCGUCCGGCUGGCUGUGGGCAACAAAAUCUCACGGGCCACAAAUGUUGCUUGCUACCGAUGAUGUGUCGCCAUAG